CUCUUGGAAGGAAGUCAGAGGAAGAAACAAUGGGCUCCAGGGCGUCAACGCUGCUCAGGGAUGAGGAGAUAGAAGAGAUUAAGAAGGAGACGGGUUUUUCUCACAGCCAGAUAACUCGAUUGUACAGUCGGUUCACAAGCCUGGAUAAAGGAGAGAAUGGGACUUUGAGUCGAGAAGAUUUCCAGCGGAUACCAGAGUUGGCGAUUAACCCCCUUGGAGACAGGAUUAUCAAUGCUUUCUUUACUGAAGGAGAGGACCAGGUGAAUUUCCGAGGCUUUAUGAGGACUUUGGCACACUUCCGCCCUAUUGAAGAUAAUUCCAAAGAUGCAAACAGCCAAGAGCCACUAAACAGCAGAAGCAACAAAUUGUUAUUUGCAUUCCGUCUCUAUGACUUGGACAAAGAUGACAAGAUCUCCAGGGAGGAACUAUUACAGGUGCUGCGUAUGAUGGUGGGUGUGAACAUAUCGGAUGAUCAGCUGGGCAGCAUUGCUGACCGUACUAUUCAGGAAGCUGACCAAGAUGGAGACAGUGCUAUAUCAUUCACAGAGUUUGUUAAGGUUUUAGAAAAAGUUGAUGUAGAGCAGAAAAUGAGCAUUAGAUUCCUACACUGAGCAGACUAUAAUACAACAUGUUGAAUAUCAGGAAUAAGCUCUUUGAUCCUGCAGCAGUCCAACUUGAACCUGAAACGUCUGCCCAGUAAAACCAAACUACGUGUUCAUAGUAAGAGGAGAAACACAGCGGAAUUUAGAGAGCAGUGCUACUGUCCUACAACUAUAUUUAUAUAUUUCAUGCUUUUUUGUCUUCAGUGCAAUAUUCUUAAUCUCUAAAACCAUGAACAGUAAAGCAUUGAUUUCAGAAUUGUAUUCAGUGCGUAUAGUGUAAGACAGGGAUGCCUUACUUAUGGCCUAUGGCUGUCAGGGAUGGUGUGAAUUCUAGUUAAGCAUCUGGGGUCGCCACAGGUAAGACCUAAUCAAAGUUGCCUUGUUGACGGGCCUUUGCGUUGUGAAUAUCUUGAAUAAAUUCACCAAGAGCCUUUUAAACAAUGUAGAAUAUAUAUGAAAAAUCAUUGCCAUAAUCUUAAGAAUCUGCCUGAUUUGGGCCAUAAGAUAUUUUUUUUUUUUUUAAUGGGGAUAUUCGCAUAAUCCAUGUAAAGUGUUUCUGUAAAAUAGUUUGUCUAAAUUAAACAGUAUGUUUUGAGCAGAGUUGACAACUUUAUUUAAAAAAAAAAAACAAAAUUAACUCUGUUCUGACAUAAAUAAAUGGCUAUUCUGGACCAAA